AACGUGCACGAAAGAUAAAUGUUUGAACUCGUUGUGUUUACUUCUCAUGACAAGAGUUUAGUAAGCAAGUUGAUAAAGGCGCUUAAUUUGCGUCUUUCCUUAAUUCAGUGCCAUGUUAUACAAAUUUUACUCAGUUCUUUGUUUUCUGAUCAUCAUCGUUGGAAGCUAUGGAGAUAAUACACCUGAAAAAGCUAAAGAACUUAUUGUUGAAUUGAGUGAUGAAAAAUGGGAUCAAAUUCAGAAGGGACAGUGGUUGGUAGGAUUUUUUGAUAAAGAUACGAAAGAGAGUUCACGCUUAGAAGAAGACUGGAAUGUGUUUGCUGUGAAAUGUAAAGAACAGAAUAUCAAUGUUGCACGAGCAUAUUCAUCAGAAACACCUGGUUUGCAUGUGCGCUUCUUAGUAACUGAUUUUCCAAAAGUAUUUUACAUUAAGAAUGGAGUAGCACAUGAAGUUUUGAAAGUUAAUCGGCAAACAUUAAUUGAUCUAAUUAAAGAUAAAAAAUGGGACAAGUUAAAGGCAGUCAAUUUCUUAAGUAACCCAUUUUCUGUUCAGAUGUCUUUGUUGUCCCACUUAUUUGUGCAUGCUGUCAAUCUAUAUAAUUAUGAAAAUAGUAUAGUUCAGAAAUUUUUACCUUUUGCCAGUGCAACAGAUGUUGCUUUUGGGUUAACAUUCAUCAUUGUUGGUACAUUCCUGGGAUUACUUUUAACGUGUGCCUUUGGAGCUCUCCAAGUCCUUUUUAUGGAUUCAAAAGAUUCUGAGGAAAGAGAAGAAGAUAUUAAGGACCAGGAAGAAGAUACAAAAAAACAAAGUGACAAUGAAGAUAAUGAAGAUGGAAAAGAGGUUGAUAAUACUUCUGAAGAUUCUAGCAAUAUCCGAAAAAGAAAAUAACCAUGUAAGAAAUGCUUGAAGAAUGUAUAAAACAGCACUUCUAAGAAUUCAAUAAUUUUUUUAUAAUAAUUUAUUUUUAAGUAUUUCUUUUUACACUUUUUUAAAGGCAUACAAAGGAAUUUCUCUGUAGAAAUUCCUCCAUAUGCCUUUAAAUAAGUGGGUAGCCUUUUACCCGCUUAUUUACCUCUCUUACCUUUAAGUAAGAGAGGUAAAUUAUAAUAACUUAAUAUCUCUCUUACCUUUAAGUAAGAGAGGUAUUUCUCUGUAUAUACAGAGGUAUUUCUCUGCAUGAUAAAUUGUCAAUUUUAUCAUUCAAUAAACUCUAAAUAUUUUUACUUUGCAUUAUAAUUUGGAAUUGUUUGCUGAAAUUUAAAUUAAAUAAGCAUCCAAUUAUUCCUUUGCAAUAUAAUUAUUGUACUAUUUUAUUAAUUUGAAGACAACUAUGAUUUAUUGUUCUAAGAUUUCUUUUUGGAAUGCCAAGCAAGAAAUCUAUGUCAUGUUUUGUAAUGUCUGUAUUAAAUUAAUAAAUGUCACUUAUGUGGGGCAUCAUUUGUAAAUGAAACAAUAACAAGCUAUUUUUUCAUAAA